CAUUUGUGUGACACAAGUCUCUUCUUGUAGCCAGACAGUGUUUAAUCAAUACAUUUUACUCCCAGUCAGUCAUUAUGGGAUGUAAUUAUAAUGUUCCCUUUAAUGUCUGAUGAAGCCAGGAGCUCUUACUCCCUAAAACGUGUUACAAGGACUUUUAUUAUAAACCUGUAUAUUCAGUAAUUAGACCUUGGAGCUCUAGAACAUUUGGAGGACUGGUGGUGGAGCAUUGAUUACGUAUCGGGGGAAAAUCAUCUCCAAUAUGGAUGAUUAGGACAAUUGACCUGUGUUGUGCUGUGUACGAUACAGGACUCGUAAAGGUAAAGUUCUGUUUGAAAGACAAUAGUCAUUUUCAUUAAUGACCUACCAAGGAUGGACGAGGACAGAAAGCACAUGACUGCGAGGAUAUUAGACCUCACCCUGAAGAUCAUCUACCUGAUAACUGGAGAGGAUUACACAGUAGUGAAGAAGUCGUCUGAUGAGUGUGUGACACCCCAUGUGUCCAGGACCGCAGGAGCCAUCACCGAACCUACACCUCAUUCAUUGAUACAUGAGCAGAAGUAUCCUAGAACUUACCACCAGGAUCAUUGAGCUGCUGACCGGAGAGGUUCCUAUAAGGUGUCAGGAUGUCACUGUCUAUUUCUCCAUGGAGGAGUGGGAGUAUGUAGAAGGACACAAGGAUCUGUACAAGGACGUCAUGAUGAAAGAUCACCAGCCCCUCACAUUAUCGGAUGAGUCCGGUAGGAUAAAUCCACCAGAGGUAUGUCCCAGUCCUCUAUAUUCCCAGUAUUGUCCUGAGGAAAAGCAAAAUGUCCCACUGGAUCAUCAGGAUGUGGCAAUGUCUGAUGUGCUGUCCUGGAGACUUCCAAGAAACAAAGUUAACGGUACCUCAAGUCACCACCAUUAUACAAGCCUCUUACACGGAAAGUUUUCUUUCAAUGACCCACCAAGAAUGGACGAGGGCAGAAACGGCAUGGCUGCAAGGAUAUUAGACCUCACCCUAGAGAUCAUCUACCUGAUAACUGGUGAGGAUUACACAGUAGUGAAAAAGUCAUCUGGUGAGUGUGUGACACCCGGUGUGUCAGGAGAAUGGAGCAGGGCCCCAGGAGCCAUCACCGAGCCUCUACCUCAUUCGUUGAUGCAUGAGCAGAAGAUCCUAGAACAUACUAACAGGAUCACUGAGCUGCUGACCGGAGAGGUUCCUAUAAGGUGUCAGGAUGUCGCUGUCUAUUUCUCCAUGGAGGAGUGGGAGUAUUUAGAAAGAUACAAGGAUCUGUACAAGGAUGCCAUGAUAAAGGAUCACCAGCCCCUCACAUCAUCGGGUGAAGACUCAAUGAGAGGAUCUGAUUCACACCUCCCUGUAUCUCCUUCCAAUGAUGUAGAUGAUAACUCAUCUGAGAUUGGCAAAACUAGAACUGGGCAAAGGAUGGUUAACAUUUUUGAAUCUGGGAAGCCUUUGAAAAAAAACGAUAGUCUUUCUACACAUGAGAAAAUUAACAAACAUGUAAAGUCAUCUGCAUGUACAGAAUGUAAAAAAUCAAGUCUUGAGGCACAUCAGAGGAUACACACAGGGGAGAAGCCAUUUUCAUGUUCAGAAUGCGGGAAAUGUUUUAGUAGGAAAUCCCAUCUUGUUGAACAUCAGAAAACUCACACAAGAAAGAAACCAUUUUCAUGCCCAGAAUGUGAGAAAUGUUUUAGUCAGAAAAAGAAUCUUGUUGCACAUCAGAGAAGUCACACCGGAGAGAAGCCAUUUUCAUGUCCUGCAUGUGGGAAGUGCUUUAUUCGGAAUUCAAAUCUUGUACAACAUCAAAUAACUCACAAAGGAAAGAUGCCAUUUACGUGCUCAGAAUGUGGGAAGUGUUUUAGUCAGAAAUCAAGUCUUUUGAAACAUCUAAGAAUUCACACAGGUGAGAAGCCAUUUUCAUGCCUAGAAUGUGAGAAAUGUUUUAGGCAGAAAGAGAAUCUUGUUGCACAUCAGAGAAGUCACACUGGAGAGAAGCCAUUUUCAUGUCCUGAAUGUGGGAAGUGCUUUAUUCGGAAAACAAAUCUUGUACAACAUCAAAAAACUCACAAUGGAAAGGUGCCAUUUAAGUGCUCAGAAUGUGGGAAGUGUUUUAGUCGGAAAUCGAGACUUUUAGAACAUCUACUAAUUCACACAGGGGAGAAGCCAUAUUCAUGUUCAGAAUGUGGGAAAAGUUUUAGUCACAAAUCAAGUCUUUUAGAACAUCAAAGAACUCAUACAGGAGAGAAUUCCUGUUUAGAAUGUGGUAAAUGGUUUAACCUUAAAUCAAAGCUUGUUAUACAUCUAAGAAUUCACACAGGAGAGAAGCCAUUUUCAUGCCCUGAAUGUAGGAAGUGUUUUCGUCACAAAUCAAGUCUUGUUAUUCAUCAGAGAAUUCACACAGGGGAGAAACCAAAUCUAUGUCCAGAAUGUGGGAAGUGUUUUAGACACAAAUCAAGUCUUGUUAUUCAUCUGAGAACUCACACAGGGGAGAGGCCAUAUUCCUGUUCAGAAUGUGGAAAAGGUUUUAUCCAUAAAUCAGAUCUUCUGAAACACCAGAAAAUUCACACAGGAGAGAAGCCUAAUUCAUGUCAUGAGUGUGGGAAAGGUUUUAACGAUAAAUCGGAUCUUGUGAAACACCAAAAAAUCCACACAGGAGAGAAGCCAUAUGCAUGUACAGUAUGCGGGAAAUGUUUUUGUCAGAAAUCGAUACUUAUCGACCACAUAAGAGUUCACACAGGGGAGAGGCCAUUUUCAUGUACUGAAUGUGAGAAGUGUUUUAGUCACAAAUCAAGUCUUCUUGUUCAUCUGAGAACUCAUACAGGAGAGAAGCCAUAUUCAUGUUCAGAAUGUGGGAAAUGUUUUAACCAUAAAUCAGAUCUUGUGAAACACCGGAGAAUUCACACAGGAGAGAAGACAAAUUCAUGUACAGAAUGUGGGAAAUUUUUUAAUAACAAAUCAGAUCUUGUAAAACACCAGAGAAUUCACACAGGAGAGAAGCCAUAUUCUUGUACAGAAUGUGGGAAAUGUUUUCGCCUGAGAGUGAAACUUAUGGACCAUGUAAGAACUCACACAGGAGAAAAGCCAUAUUUAUGUACAGAAUGUGGGAAAUGUUUUCGCCAGAGUUCAAAACUUGUGAACCAUGUAAGAAUUCACAGAGCUCUGCUCCAUUCACAGCAAUAAAGACAAACUGCAAUACCAGUCUUAAACUAUGGACAGAAAUCACUGUUUGCCUCCUCCCAAAAAAGAUUAAAAAGUGAUCAAAAAGACUUAUGUACCACAUUAUGGAACCAAUGAAAAUUAUAGCUUAUUGUGCAAAAUAACAUGAGCAUUGCAUAAAGAUAAAACAAGUUAUGAUUCUAAGAAUAUGUGACUUUAAGACAAAUACUUUCUAAGUGUAUAAAAAAAUGAAUAAAUUUGGUGUCACUAGAAACAAUGACCUGUUGAAUAACGGUAAUGGGUUAUAUAUGCCACACAGUGGGUGGAGCAAAUUUUUAAUCGA